CUGCCUGCCUUAUUUCAACUGAUGUAAUCUCAGAUCUAUUUCAACAUGCUUUUUUUUUCUACCUGAAUCCUCUCCUUUCCUGACAUGUUGUCUGAUCUAAUACCUGGGCUACACCAGAAGCAGCAGCACGCUGAUGUGCUUCACUAGGAAGGUAAGAGGAGACAACUUACAUCUUCCACCAGCAUUCUAGAACUCAUGCGUGAAAGCCAAAGUAAGCAAGGCGCACAAGUCCUUCAACACAGCCCAUCUAUUUAAUGCCCAGGAAAGCCACAGUGACAUUCCCAACUGGAAUACAGGAGUGAUACUUACUGGGUUACGCUUCUUUUUACUCUCUUCAAGACUCAUCAUCAAGUUUGCAGAAGUGUAUACAACUUUCUGAGGACUGUACUACAUUUUCAGUUUUUAUUUAGAUCAUAAAAGCAAGAAACUUGACAGAUAUAUGAUUGAUCUAUUUGUACAAAAUAAAACACACAUUUCCUGGAGAAAAAUAAUUCUACCCUCCCAAUGAAAUCACUGAUGGAUGUUACAGAAGCAAGUUUUCUUUUAUGAGAUCACAUGGAAACUGAAAAGGACAGUUACUCUCAGCUAGAAGAAGAGAUGGUGAACUUGCAAACAGGAUUUUUACCCAGCCAGGACCUUGUGGGAUCUUCAUUGAUGCAGGAUCAAUCGAGUAUGACUUUCACCCCAGGAUCUCUGGACAGUGAUUGUUCUCCCGUAAACCAAUCAGAUGACGGAAUACAGGAUCAGACUGGUUCAAUGGCAUCUUGUUUGACAAUGGACAACUAUGGAGAGCAAGCACAUGACUCUGACAGUCAGACUGAAAGGAAGAGCUCAGAUUCUUCCAUGAGCCCUGAUCUCUCUUUAUCACCCCAGGACCACAUUCCCAUGAGAUUUCCAAGCAAAGCCUCCCCCAGUGAAGGAUACAGGAGAUACAGUUGUGAUGAGUCCACUGAAAACAGCUAUGGGAAGUUUGGCAAAGAAAAACAUCAGUUUCACCCUUACAAAAGACAGUUCAGCGACGUGUUCCCUGAAAGUCUGAAUUCUCUGUCUCUUGGUGAGAAGCCAUUCAAAGGCAUGGAUGGAAUGGAAAGCUUUGACAAUGUUUGUGGACCUCCUUGCCCUGAAGAUACUGAAACUUUUGCACCCCUCAUUCCUGAUAUAUCAGAUGAGACAGCAUGGUGCAAUAAUCUACAGUACACUUCCAGUCAUGAAGAAGGAUCGCAGAUGAUGCUGGGCUCGGAUGUGAAACUUAAGCCUCACUCUUUGGUUAUGCGACAACAAGAGAAAGAGCAGAGGAUGUAUUGGUCCCAAUCUCCAACACAGCAGAUCUAUUGUACACCACAGACAUUUCCACAGUAUUCUACAGGUGGGAGCUAUCCCAUCACAUACAUUUCUGCAUCACACUACCCUUAUCAAAGGAUUGCACCACAAGCUGGCAUAGAGCCACAACAGCCUCUCUUCCCCAAACCUAUCUAUUCCUACAGCAUCCUAAUAUUUAUGGCCCUGAAGAACAGUAAAACGGGAAGCCUUCCUGUGAGUGAGAUCUAUAAUUUUAUGACGGAGCACUUUCCUUAUUUCAAGACUGCUCCAGAUGGGUGGAAGAAUUCUGUGCGUCACAAUUUGUCCCUCAACAAGUGCUUUGAAAAAGUAGAAAAUAAAUCCGGAAGUUCUUCUCGAAAAGGAUGUUUAUGGGCACUGAACCCAGCCAAGAUUGACAAGAUGCAAGAAGAACUGCAAAAGUGGAAGAGAAAGGAUCCUGUCACCGUGAGGAAAAGCAUGGCUAAACCAGAGGACCUUGACAAGCUGAUAGGAGAGAGAACAGAGAAGCUCAGGUCCACCUUGUUAGCUUGCAGUGCCUCGGGUUUAAUGAAUACAUCUGCUUCAAUGCAGCUGACCAUGCACGAACAAACCAUUUCCUCCCUGCAGCCCAUGCAUGAGAUGUCUGAGUCUAUGCAUGGAAAAAAGCAGCCACCAUGCUAUAAUUCACUACCACAUGGCUACCCUCAGAUUUCACCAGCAAUGAUUCAGCAGCCCCAUGGCUUGGCUCAGAACCAUUUUUCUUCAGCAGAUAACCAAGAUGAAAUAAAUACACAACCCCUUAAUCCCCAGGACUCUCCAAUACCUGCCCAUACCCCACCUCUUCACAAUAUGAAUAUGAUUACAGAGCAUUCCCCAACCAGGACCAUGCAUGACCACCUGAUAGAAGGGGAGCUGAGCACUGACAUUGAUGCCCUCAAUCCUUCACUUACCGACUUUGAACUUCAAGGAAAUCUAUGGGAGGAGCUAAAGGAUGACAGCCUCAAUAUGGAUCCUAUCAAUCUUAUAUCAUCUCCAGCAACCCCUUCUUCACGACAUUACUUCCUACACAAUGGCAACUGUGAGAGUAACAACAAUGACAUCCACUCUCCGAACAGUAACUCCCAUAUUGGAUUAGGAGAUAUCCAUCUCACGCCUGUUUAUUCCUCAUUCCUGGAGAUGGACAAUGCUGUUCCUUCAUAUAUUAAUAGCGCAGGAUCCAAACAUGUUGCAAUAGUUUAAAGUGACUGACACUAUUAUUAGCUCAGCAUUUUUCUAUGCUAUACUCAAGCUACACCUAUGCACACUAAAACAUAUAUAUAUAUGAAACUGCACCAGUAAGACCCCUUUCACACUAAUAGCACAGCCUCAUUACCGGUAAAGCGUCACUAGUUUUAGCGGCUCUUUACCAUCCUUUUAGCGGUACUUUUUGGCCACUAGCAGGGAGCUUUUAACCCUGAGGCUGUAGGGGAGACAUUUACAUGCGCCAUUUUUAGCCCUUUAGUGCCUGAAAAACGCCUUCAGUGUGAAAGGGGUCUAAUAUAAGGGGAUUCUACGCUUUAGCAACUCUGCCUGUAAAACAAAGUCCAGACACAAACAAAAUAAAAAACUGACUGUGUUGUCUUUUGUAUAGUUUUCAGUGUAGUGAUGGUAUAGAGCAGUGUUCUCCAAACAGGGGCCCAGGGGCCGGAUGUGGUCCUUUGCUUGCUUUUAUCUGGCCUUUGGGACACCAUUCCCCCUACUGAAACCAUCAAUGGUGCACGAUUCUUCUGAUUGACAUCACCAAUUUCACCUACCGUAUAUACUCGUGUAUAAGCCGAGUUUUUCAGCACAAUUUUUUGUGCUGAAAAUGCCCCCCUUGGCUUA